AUGCUCCGUCGCAUAGUCCCGUCCAAAGGCUAUCAGCAGGAGCACCGUCACCCCGACGAGCACAUGUCGCCUUCGCCAGGCGAUGCGCCGUCAUCGCCAGACUCGACCCGCCCCAGUGGCCUGGCGAGCGUCUUCAAGGGUCUGACCGGGGCCAAGUUGACGAAGUCCCCUCCACCGAGCCUCAAGUCUGCCUCCUCGAUUCUAUCCCCGUUAGCCGACCACGUAAAUGCCACUCGUACGAACCUAGCCGGCUUAUCGCCGAACCACAUGGAGUCAUUCGAGCUGCUCAAGAACGGGAAUGGCAACGUCGCCGAUCGCAUCGCGGCUGCGAACUCGCUCCGAUAUGCCGUUGCGGAAUACCCCAUGAACCCAGUGCUGGAGAUUUGGUACGCUGCAAAGGCUAUGAUCGAUGCGACGAAAUCGGAGCCGGAGCGAACUGCUGGCUGGGAGCUCCUUUCGGAAUGCGUCAAGCACAAGUCGUCUACAGAUCUCGAGCGCCAAGAGUACUUCCUGACGCUGACGGCCCCUGCGAAUUCCGAAGACUUCCACCUGCAACUGGCCACCGUAGUGGAUCUCACCAAUCACGGGCGUGAUUUAUCCGGAUUCGACUAUCAAGUAAUUGGGGUGCUACAAAGAUGGCUCCGCGAGGCAUACCAAGCUGUCAAGGCAGCACGAAAGCAAGUCAGCCGCGAUGCCAAGAAGAACGCCGGCAAAGCAAGAGUCUCUGCCGCUGAAGAGGAGAAGAACCUACAUCAGCUUUUUACCUUCAUCGGAGAGGUCAUCAAGUUCAGUUCAAACGUAGCUGAUGAGACUGCCAUGUCAGGCCUGAUGGAGACUCUGGUCGCUAUUUGUCUGACCACAACUAUCGAAGACGACUUGCGGGCUUCGAUCAAUGUCAUCGACGCCAUUGUCACUUUCGGCGCCUUGCCGGCCGCAAGCUUCAAGGACUGUGUCUUGGUUCUGGGAUCGAUAUUCUGUCUUGUGCCGAGCCUGUCCAAGACCGCGUGGCACACCAUCUCCAUUCUGCUGAAAUCCCACAGCGGUCCCGCGGCAGUGAGAGUCUUGGUGGAUUUGUUGCGGCAUCUCCCAGCAGAUGGUAGCAGCAAAGGAAAGGACACCAGGGAUAUUCGGGGCGUGCUGGCUGUGUUGGAGAAGCUGUUGACCAAAAGCACGGAGAAAGGCUAUCCGCCUGUUCCAUUUGCACUACUCCUCGAUGGGCUGGUUGCAGCAGUGCACAGCACAGAUUCUGGCCGAGUUCACUGUGCUGUGCUCAAGCUGAUCAAUUCUCUCUUCCGGGACAGCGACGGCAAAAUUCACAGCCUGAUCGUCGAGGAGGACUGGUCAACACUACUAUCCAUCGCCGCGGAAUGCUCCAAGAAGGCGCCACCAGGCAUCGUCAUCGGGAGCGAAAUGAUUGCCCUGGCAAAUGAGCCUGACCGCCCGGACGGAGCCAUCGGGGUCGAGUUGUUGAAGCUGAUUAUGCGACUGGAGGAGCUGGCUAGCCACAAAUCGGGCGAGUUUGUUCCGCGGCAGAUUAUCAUCAAUUUCUUCAUUGACAUACACAGUCGACUUCCGGACUCGGCAGCACGCGUGGUUCUUACCUACUUCCAAGAAUUCCGAUGCUGUUCACCUUCGGACCUGCAGUGGGAGGAGAACCUGUCCUUAGUGUUGAAAGAGUUUUACGCCAAUCGAAGCCGGAGUUCCGAAACCCGCCUUCUGUCUCUUCAGGCGGUGACCGAAUCUUACGACAUGAUGGAUCUUAUCGGAGAGGGGCUUGGUGACGACGAUUGUGUUCCAAACCUUAUCAAGGACCUCCUCAACAACAUUGCUGAUGAGACGAAUCUCCUCGUACUCGAAUCGGUCGUCGCCUUUAUGGUCUCCGUCGCUGUUUCCUCAGACUUGGAGCUCUUCAAUUACAUUACCGACACACUGAGGACAAUUGUCGUGAACGACCGUCUGUUGUCUCCCAUUGCAUCGUCUGCGUCUCGGCCUACGACUCCCGUCGGCGGCGAAGGAGCUUCUCAAAGGAGUCAUACAGCCUCGGGAGUCGUAACAAGAGGCUAUGUCAAGUUGUUCAUGCGAUGCAUGAACCUUGACGGAGCCAAGUCAAUCAAACUAUACGACACGCUCGUUAACAUUGCCAAAACAAACCAUUGCAAGACUGAUGCUCGGUUGACGGCGAUGAAACUACUCUUCCGGCUUCGAGCUGACUGGGCAAACCGAGUUUUCCUGAUCAACGACACAGAAUCCGAAGGCCUUGCGGCCACCCUCCUACAUACAGCCUCUUCCAGGGCACGGAAGCAGGCCGAAGACGCAUCGCAACCGGUGCGGACCACAAGAGCAGAACAAGGUGCCGUCUCACGGACUACGCGAGGCAUUUCCUUCAGCAGCGCUGGAACCCAGGACAGAGUGUUUCCAGUCCGUUCUGCCAGCGGGGCGAAAUCAACCUAUCCGUACAAACAACUAUGGGUCCUACCAGAUCCGGAGGCCCUGCCCGAGUUUCCAACAGCCAUCGCAAGCCCCAUCCUGGCGUCACAUGUUGAAGAGCUGGUCUCGGAUAUCACUGAGGAAGGCGAGCCAUCCCCCGUGGAAGCGAGGCAAGUCGUUUUGAACAUGGAUGCUUGGCUCGAUACCAUUGUUCACAUCAUCGAGCAUGGCUGUGAAUGGGAGAUCUACAGUAUGGUUUUGGUCCAUUUGCCUUCGCAACUUACAAACCAUGCGAUAUUCCGCGGCGCAGUGCCGCAGAUACAAGAGCUCCGCCGAGUCACAUGCGAACAGAUACGGACAAACAACUUCCAGGAGCCGCCGACCUCUACAGGUUUGCGGCGUGCCGAUGUGGCUAUCUGUCUCUUCCAUAGUCUGACUAUGAUCCUGAGCUAUCACGAAUUCUUCCUCAAGGAUCAAGAGGACGAAAUCGUACAGGCUUUCGUCAAGGGUAUUUCCACUUGGGAACGGUGCGCCAAGUAUUGUAUCCAUGCCCUAUCAAUCUGCUGCCACGAACUGCCUCUGUCUACGAGCAAAAUGUUGGUGCAAAUGCUGCAGAAGAUGGCACAGAUCAUCACGCAGCCCCAUGUGGCUAUGCACAUUCUGGAGUUCCUUGCUUGCCUGAGCAGAAUGCAGAAUCUGUAUGUCAAUUUUCGAGAAGAGGAGUACCGGAUUGUGUUUGGGAUUUGUGUUCGCUACCUUCAGUACGUGCGAGACAAAAAACAAACCCAGCGAGGCAGCCUUCACAGCGAAGCAUCAACGCCGACUGGUUCCACCCCAGAUCUUCUGCAUCCGAACGCUGCAGACGAUCUGCCUCAAUAUGUCUAUGCACUGGCGUACCAUGUCAUUACGUUUUGGUUCCUGGCCUUGAAGCUACCAGAUCGUGCUAAUCACGUCGGGUGGAUUGCCAAGAAUUUGCUCAGCGACGUGGACGGCGGACAAAACCCUGAAGAGCAAGCUUUGGUCACGCUCGAUUUCAUGCAAAGAGUUGCCUACGCUGAUGCGGAUGAAUCUUCAGAAGAUCUUCUCUUUACUAGAGAGCGGUUCGGCGAGAUUUUGAAGCGAAGAUGGUUGAUGGGCAACAGCAUCGUAACGAUUGAGCAAUCAACCACGACUGGGUGGUCUCAAAUCACUAAGCGACAAGCCUCGGGAACAUCUUCGUACAUUGUGCACGAGAAUUUCCGUCCACGCCCAGCCCACCAAGCCCAGUACAUCUCUGAUGUCUCGAGAGAUGGGCAAUUGACCAACAACAAUAUCUUGCCCAGUCACUUAAUGGUUCAGUUGAUGACCUCAACUCCUCAAACUCAGGACACUGCUCGACCUAUUCCCCUUCCCGACGACGACGCGAUCCAGAGAGCCAUCAGGGUCUUUGAUCGUAACUCAACUGUGGAUGGUCACAAGGUUGGAGUAGUGUACAUUGGUGAAGGCCAAACGCAAGAGACGGAGAUCCUUUCCAAUGUCUCGGGCAGCAGCGACUACGUGGCUUUUCUUAACGGAUUGGGCACGUUGACGAGGCUCAAGGGCUCGAAAUUCAAUACCCAGGGAUUGGACAGAGAAUAUGACACCGACGGCGAGUACACCUUUUGCUGGCGUGACAAGGUAACAGAGAUGGUUUUCCAUGUCAUCACUCAGAUGCCUACCAAUCUAGAACGGGACCCUCAAUGCAUCCUGAAGAAACGCCACAUUGGCAACGACUUUGUCAACAUCAUCUUCAACGACUCCGGCAUGCCCUUCAGAUUCGAUACUUUCCCAAGCGAGUUCAACUACGUCAACAUUGUCAUCACCCCAGAGGCGAGAGCAUCUUUCCUCACCAUCAGGGAGAACCCGCCGAGUGAAGGGAAGCAUCCGCCUUUUUACAAAGUACAAGUUAUGAGCAAGCCCGGCUUCCCGGAGAUCUCCCCAGCAUCCGAAACUAAGAUGGUCAGUCUGAGGGCGCUCCCAGGAUUCAUUCGAUUGCUGGCACUCAAUGCUUCCGUCUUUUGCCUGGUUUGGGCGAACCGAGAAGGCGGCGAGCAUGUCAGUUCCUGGCGCAACAGGCUCAGGGAGAUCAAGCGGCUGCGCGAGAAAUAUGGCCCUAAGAACGCGCCCAGCACGCACCAGUCGUCACAUCCUCAUCUGGGCCAUAUGAACAGUGCCUCUACGCCCUCGCCGCCUCCGACAUCCCUGGGAGGCGCAGUUGUUGGCAACAGCCUCUCUGCCGUCCAGAGCGCGGAUGCGUCCAAGCCUUCGGCCAACGUGCGCGACAGCUUCAGCAGCCUGCGUCGGUCUUCGGUUGCCACCUUCUUCACCAGCACAAGCGAGCAGACUAGCCAUCGGAGCUCAAUGCUGUCUACCACGACUAACGACACGGAGGUUUCACCAGGAAACGGCAUUGACUCCCUUGUCGAGUCGGUUGACUUUUCCAAGUGGGCAUAA